CAGGACGAAGUACAGAAGGUGUCCUGCAGACCAUGAACUGAUUAUUGGCCCCCGAUCGUUCAUGAACACAGUGUAAGGUGUGCUGACACCCACCACCCAGCAAGCCCUCCCCUCCCUAGCACUGAAGACCCUCGGAGAAGAUGGGGAGGAAAAAGAUUCAGAUCCAGCGAAUCACUGAUGAACGGAACCGACAGGUGACAUUCACCAAGAGGAAGUUUGGGCUGAUGAAGAAGGCAUAUGAGUUGAGUGUGCUGUGUGACUGCGAGAUUGCUCUUAUCAUCUUCAACCACUCCAACAAGCUGUUCCAGUACGCCAGCACCGACAUGGACAAGGUGCUACUCAAGUAUACGGAGUACAACGAGCCACACGAGAGCCGCACCAAUGCUGACAUCAUUGAGACCCUGAGGAAGAAGGGUUUCAACGGCUGCGACAGCCCCGAGCCGGAUGGGGAGGACUCACUGGAGCAGAGCCCCCUGCUGGAGGACAAGUACCGGCGCGCCAGUGAGGAGCUCGACGGGCUCUUCCGGCGCUAUGGGUCAGCUGUCCCAGCCCCCAAUUUUGCCAUGCCUGUCACGGUACCCGUGUCCAAUCAGAGCUCACUUCAGUUCAGCAAUCCCGGCGGCUCCCUGGUCACCCCUUCCCUGGUGACGUCAUCCCUCACGGAUCCUCGACUCCUAUCUCCUCAGCAGCCAGCGCUGCAGAGGAACAGCGUGUCUCCUGGCCUGCCCCAGCGACCAGCCAGUGCAGGGGCCAUGCUUGGGGGAGACCUCAGCAAUGCUAACGGAGCCUGCCCCAGCCCUGUUGGGAAUGGCUAUGUCAGUGCACGGGCUUCCCCUGGCCUCCUCCCUGUGGCCAAUGGCAACAGUCUCAACAAAGUCAUACCUGCCAAGUCUCCGCCCCCACCCACCCACAGCGCCCAGCUUGGGGCCCCCAGCCGCAAGCCUGACCUUCGGGUCAUCACUUCCCAGGGAGGAAAGGGAUUAAUGCAUCACUUGAACAAUGCCCAGCGCCUUGGGGUCUCCCAGUCUACCCACGCACUUACCACCCCAGUGGUUUCCGUGGCAACACCAAGUUUACUCAGCCAGGGCCUCCCCUUCUCUUCCAUGCCCACCGCCUACAACACAGAUUACCAGUUGACCAGUGCAGACCUCUCCUCCUUACCAGCCUUCAGUUCGCCUGGGGGGCUGUCUCUAGGCAACGUCACCGCCUGGCAACAGCCACAACAGCCCCAGCAGCCACAACAGCCCCAGCAGCCUCCACAGCCCCAGCCGCAGCCCCAGCCCCAGCCCCAGCAGUCUCAGCAGCCGCAGCAGCCACCUCAGCAACAAUCCCACCUGGUCCCUGUGUCUCUCAGCAACCUAAUCCCGGGCAGCCCACUGCCCCAUGUGGGUGCUGCCCUUACAGUCACCACCCACCCCCAUAUUAGCAUCAAGUCAGAACCUGUGUCCCCAAGCCGUGAGCGCAGCCCUGCGCCACCGCCUCCUGCUGUGUUUCCGGCUGCCCGCCCAGAGCCUGGUGAUGGUCUCAGCAGUCCAGCCGGGAGCUCCUAUGAGACAGGGGACCGGGAUGACGGACGGGGAGACUUCGGGUCCACACUGGGCCUACUGCGUCCAGCCCCAGAGCCUGAGGCUGAGGGCUCCGCUUUGAAGAGGAUGCGGCUCGAUACCUGGACAUUAAAGUGACGAUUCCCACUCCCCUCCUCUCAGCCUUCCUGAUGAAGAGUUGACAAUCUCACCGCCCACCCCUCCCUGUCCUGGGCUCCUCCCGCUCGACCCCACAUCCUUUCUUGUGCUCCGUGUCCUGUUGACGGUUACAUUUGUGUAUAAUUAUUAUAUUAUUAUUAUUAUUAUUAUUAUUAUAUUUUUUUUUCAAUUUGGACUCUCGCUUUGGAGAGGGGAUGCUUCCAUCCCCUCUCUCUAUACCCCCACCAUUUUCACUGGCUGGGGGGGGGUCUCUUUUUUUUGCGGGAAGGGGGGGACACUUUGCACGUUGUACACAUAUGCUGCAGGAUGGGGUGGGGAGCCCAGCAAGCCUUGGGAAAGGACAGGUGCUGAAGCCCUGCCCGCGGAGCCCUCUCACCCCAUCUCCCAGAUAGAGGGGAAUAACCAAAAAACUACCAAACAACAAAAACCCAUACAGUAGAUGGAAACCCCAAAGUUGACUUGAUGGGUGGGUUUGUGUUUCAGGGGGAAAGGGAGGCAGAGGUUCUGAACUCAGAGGCUCUGCUUCUGGGCUGUUCAUGUGGCCACAGGCACAUGGGGCAGAAUACCCCAAUUGCCCCUGCACCCACACAGGAUGCCCACUGAUUCUCCUUUCAGCUGUACCCUGUAGGUGUGUGGGUGCUGACUGAGAGGACUGCCGGGAAAUCAGAGGCUAGGGGAAAGGACCUGGGGUGGGUCACCUCUCGAAGCACAUUUGGAGAGAAAGACAAAGAGAGCCAUGAGGAGCGGGCUGAGGAGGGGCAGAAGAGUUGGGGCCAGGGGUGAACUGGAUCCCAUCCCUUCCCCGGCCUUUUCUCUAAAAUACACAGUGCAAUAGCUUCCCAUCCCUCAGUUGAUCCCAGCCCUGUAAGCUGGCCACAAUGUGCAGGGACAAGUAGGGAGAAGAACUCACAUGAAGUGUCUCAGUCAGAGUCAGUCUUGGGCUUCCCUGGGGGCCUGAGGACCAGAAGGGAGGCAGGUGCACCCCAAGGAUCCUUUCAUUCAGGGGCAAGUGUCAGUGAGGGGACUCCUUGCACGCACACAAACCCAGAGGAGUAGACACUGGGAUGGUCUGUGGGGAUGGAGGGAGGGGCAGAGGAGGUCUGCCUCCCUGAUGCUUCCUUGCUUCCUCUCCCCAGCCCCUCCUCCCAGCUCCUCUGCUCCUGACCCCACCUCCCUGCUCUUGGCACCCUCAUUGUCUCGCUACCUCCUGUACCACCAACCCAGGCCGCACCCCACCUUCCCUCUUGGCUACUGUAAUUGUAAAUAGCAACCUUUGGAAAAACAUUAGCGGUGUAACAGUCUAGGAAACUGUUGGUUUUUUUUUUUGUUGUUGUUGUUGUAUUGAUAUGAAAUGAGAUUCUAUUUUUGUCAAAGUAUAUUGUAAUAAUAAUGACUCAAACGGCCCGUACUGUACAGAC